GCUGUGCACUAAACGACAGAGAAGAUACUGAAGCCAAUUCAGCCUUUUGUGUUGAGUAUUUUCGUUUUCUCACCCAGACGACAGUAAGAAAAGAGAACACCGAGGGAGAGCAGGAAAAAAUAUACAAGGAGCCUUGGCUGAUGCAUCUGUGCAGGAGCAUCCAUUUCACGGCGGUUACAGUUUAAAUCUGAGGAGACGGUGCGCAUUUCUUUGAGAAACACGGUGCUUUUCUCUCCCCCGAAGUCAGUUUCCUAGAGCGGCUGACGGACGGAAAGACACUUUUCCCCCUCUGCGGUUAUCUAUACGAACAGGAUUUCAUAACAAGGCUUUUCACUUGAAGCAAAACCAGGUCGAGCGCAGUUCCAGCAGCCUAUACUGCGUCUUGUUUGUGGAGUGGGAUUUUGCGGUCCGUAGCUCAAGACGCAAAAAGGAAUAUCAGACGUUUAAGUUUCCCUGGAAGUUGCGCAGUGACAGAAAAACAUGGGAAUUUGUGGCUAUCUGGCGAUGUCUGGGAAAUGCCUUGUCGUCAUCGGACUUAAAUUGUUAUUCCUUGUACCCGCAGGAGUUCCAACCAGGAGCGGAGAUUCUGUAUUAAAGGACAACAUCACCGUCAGACAGGGAGACAGCGCCGUCCUAAAAUGCAAUGUGGAUAGCAAAGUCUCACGAGUGGCAUGGCUCAAUCGCACCACUAUUCUAUUCGCAGGGACUGAGAAGUGGUCUCUGGAUCCUCGCGUCAUCUUGAUGGAAAACACAGCAGUGACAGAGUACAGCAUCAAAAUCCAAAACGUUGACGUCCACGAUGAAGGGCCCUAUGUAUGCUCUAUUCUAACAAACAAGAAACCACAGUCUACCAAAGUGCAUCUCAUUGUUCAAGUACCUGCCAGGAUCACUAACAUAUCAAAGGACGUCACAGUGAAUGAGGGCAGUACCGUCAAUCUUAUGUGCCUGGCAGUUGGUCGACCUGAGGCCAGCAUCAUAUGGAAGCAUCAUUCACCGAGGGGAACCCAUAAAUUUGUGACAGAGGGAGAACAUCUGGUGCUCACAGCCAUCACCAAAGACCAGUCAGGAUCCUACGAAUGCAUUGCAUCUAAUGACAUCUCAAGCCCUGAUGUCAGGACAGUGCAAGUCACCGUUAACUAUCCUCCUUUCAUUUCCAAAGCGAGGAGUACAGGUACUGCAGUUGGACAAAAAGGAGUCCUGCAAUGCGAAGCAUCUGCUGUCCCGAGGGCAGAUUUUGAGUGGUACAAAGAAGACCGCAGGGUCCUCAACGGACUAAACGGGGUAAAGAUAGAGAAUCAAGGGAAACAGUCAAUGCUUAUCUUUUUCAAUGUCUCAGAAGAAGACUAUGGGAACUACACUUGCGUUGCCAUGAACACCAUGGGAAUCACUAAUGCCAGUAUAAUACUUUACGGUCCUGGUGCAAUGCAUGAUGUGAACGGGGCUACUGUGCUACCCCAUUGCUCUGUAUGCCUCCUGCUGACUGUAACUUCAACCUACCUUGUCAAGUUCUAAUGUGAAAGGUUGCCACCUUGGAGCUUCUCUCAGAAUUGAACACCAAGAACAGACUUUUAGUCCAAAAAGAAGAAUGGAAACCCAAGAUUGUCAGUGGUUCACCCUUCGUUUUAUUUCUUCUUUUUGUUUCUAGCUUUGCAUCAGAGUCUGUUCUCUGUUGGCUCGUCAAGAGUGAGAAGCGUCAACUCGCAGAAGGGAAAAUUUUAAAUCAUGCACUAAUUUGAUGAUGGUAGAACUUCUGAGUUUGUGUCUCCCCAAACCUUUUUAUAUGUGAAAAGGGAAAAAGAAAAAAAUACAUGUAACUGUUGAUAGUUGACUGUUUAUUGCCCAAUAUUGAAGUGUACAUUCAGAUUAUUAUUAUUAUUAUUGUGUCAUGUCCUGUUCAAUAUCUGUACAAUAACAUUAAGCUUUUUUAGGUAAAUGACAAAAAAAGAGAAAAAAAUACAAUGUGAUUGUUGAAUUUUACUGUAUUUUUACAGUUGUAUGCAAAACUGAAUAAUUGAUCCUUCAUUAUAAACAGUUCAGAACAAUAAAUAGUACACCAUGGUUUCUCAGGCAAAGUCCUACACAUAGUGCAUCCAAAUUUAUUAUUUCCAUUGUAGUGUGUGUAAAAAAAAAUAUGUACAAAUAUGUACAGACAAUACCUGCACUGCUGUUUUUCAAAAUGCAUAAGCUUAUCAAAUGGCAUUUUUGAAAUACCCAAUCACAGUGUCAUAGCAGCUUCAUGGCAUAUUCAUACUGACAAUCUGAAAGGUGAUUUUCAGAUUGUGAAGAUUUCAGAUUGCAUGAAGUAUGAUUUAGGAGACGGUUAUUAUGCUGCUUUGUUUUCUGAAGUCACAAACACAAACAUGGCUUCAUGCCUGCAUGACAGACCCAGUGUUCAGUGUGCUGAUGGCAUCAUUAGUGUCCAGUUAGUAGGUAGUCUAAUCAGCAAUCUGACACUAACCUGAUGCUCAAAGUGCUGUGGCUAAUUUGCAAAGGUAAAUUCUAUUUUUUUAGAAUAUAUGUUCCAUAUCUUAGGAUGCUAUUUAAUUAUUUUUAUCACCCCACCCCCACAAAAAAUCAUAUGUUAGUUUAAAACACAGCAAGUGGCCGUUGUAGUCCCCUCUCUUCUUUGCUGAAGAUUUUUAUACAACCGACACCUUUGAUUCAGACUGAUACUAUACUUUUGCAAUGUGUCACUUUUUGCUAUGCAUAACAUAGCCACAUUUAGCAAAAACAAUAUGACAGUGAGUAAGAGCAAACAUCGGCAGUGUUAGUACUAGCAGUCCUAUUGGCAGUGCUGCUAGUGCUACCAAAUACUGUCAGUAAUAAAUGCCUGUACUGACAGUGUUUUAAUUUUCUAGCUCAGAUCUGGCCAGUGUGCACCCCACGGGCUGCACUCAGCCUUUUUGCUGUCCCCGACAGUGGGAAAUUAGCAUUCAAACAUAAAUAGGUAAAUAUCAUGCAGCCUGUCCCAUAUCAGCCACCAAAUACUGUUUGAUAAACUUCCCAUCAGAGAAUGGCUUACUGUUUUUUUGUGAUUUUGAGGGAAAACACAAUGCAACUUUAUUGCUUUUAUUUUGAAGGUGACUACUAUAUUUUUAAAUUUAUGUACAGAAGUGUGUGCAAGCAAAUCCCGCUUCAUUGUAAAUACAUGGGAACUGACGUUUAUUAGACACAUAGUUUGCUAGCUCUGAAAUAUGUGAACUCCAACUCCAAAAAGAAAGACUGAUGCAGAAUGUAGAGCUUAUAACAAGACAUGAACUUUUGAGUAUUUAUUAUUCCAAUAUGAACAAGGACUUUUGCCAAGCUUCACAUAUCUGGGAAUGGAGCAGUCAAGACCAGCUUUGUGAUUUCCCACAAAAAAGCCAGUAAGCCAUCAUCCACUGGGGAGUUUAUCAAAGGGUUUUUGGUGGUGCUGCAGCAAUAUGUAGUAAUAUGCAAUAAUAUGCAACGAAACAUUUGAGAAUGUGUCCCUUUCCAGGGAAACUGUAAAAAGACAAAUCAAGCACACUGGGAAAUCUGGAGCUUCAGUUGGAAAAACAAAGAAGAGAAUUUUGACUUUUUCUCUUGAUUCUGGACAAGAGCUCUACUGUCCAUGACACAGCCCAGUACUUCAUUUUUGUACAUGGGAUAAUGAAGCAGUUUGAGAUUAUGAAGGAGCUGUCAGAAAUGCACUCACUGAAAGGGGGGGUAAGUGCUUGGAUAGGCCUGGGCUGAAAUGGAACAAGUUGGCAGGUGUUACAACCAAUGGCUCUCCAAAUCUGACAGGAAAAAAUGUCAGACCUCUGAAGCAGAUGCAUAAGUAUAAGUGACUGAAAUGAACCCAGAACUGAAAUUGGUAUUUUUGCCUUGUAUUAUACACCAGGAGGUGUUGUGUAAGUCAGUGCUAAAAAUUAAUAAUGUUGUUGAUGUUAUAACUAAAAUAGUUAACUUCAUCAGGGCUAGAGCACUUUUGACUGACAACUGGCAGAACAUUUCAAGUUAGUUUCACUGCUGGAUUUUUAUCCUGCUCACAAAGAGGAGAACUUUCCACUCACAAGGACACAUGCUAUCUUUGGAGCUACAUGUGACGCAAUGAGAUUUAACAAAUCCACAUACAGAUCCCCUCUGUUUGUUGCCGUUUGCAUUUCCACCUCACUCUGAACCUGACUUUAAUGCACUUGUUCAAGCCCAGAACAAACUAGGUUUUUCUCACAGAACAAGAAAAAAGAACUGAAACACUAUAGAUGAAGUAAUUAAACUAAAAGUGAAAUCACAAUAGCAGUUUGCUAAAAGUUAAAAGUCUUUGAAAUUUUACAAAAAACGUGCACAUUUUCUUCAGAAUUGCUUCUGGGAAUGUUGAUUAAAUAUUGAUAAAACGUUGGCAUUUUUACUAUUCCUCUUUCACAUUCUCAUUGCUUAAUUGAAACAUCUACUCCUGCCAGUAGCAGUUUACAAAGAGAAAAAAAGUUGAGUUCAGCUUAUUGGUGCAGCCCUCCACAGUGGUCCUUACUGGAGGUCUCACACGUUGAAGAUCAAAGUAUUAGAAUUAUACAUUUACACUGCACUUAUUUAUUAUGAUAUGGUGAAAAAACUAUUGUUUUCUUCUGUUUAAAAAUUUGAAUAAAUUUUCUGCUCCAUUUCACAUCAGAUAAUGCAACCACAAAAAGCCAGCUUGAAUGAAUGUUCCAUGUAGCUGCUAUGAAGCUUUCUUCAGGUGUUGUGAAUGUGUGCUUUUAACCUGGUUUGCCCUGAGAUAAAUGGCGGAUGCUGCUCUGAACACUGCAGGAGUAACAGGUUGAUCCGUAAUAGGUGGAUAAAAUUUUCAAGAAGAGUUUUCAGUCUAAUUCUGACAGAAAAUACUUAGAGCACAAGUGACUGCUAAUGUGAUGUUUUUUAUUUCUUUGUUUUUUUAAACUAUCCAGUUCACUCCUGUGCAUACCUAUGAGUAACAAAUGUGUUGACGACAAAAGGGAAGAAUCUAUGUAUGUUAGAAUGCUCUUUUUUGUACUCAUGUUAAAGUUCUGUGCUCGUGAUGAUGGUGAAACAGUCAGCCCUCACAGGAUGUGAUUUCCCCUUUUUUAGGGGUUUGCAAAAAAAAAAAACAAACAAAAAAAAAACACACACACAAGUGAGAUACAGAUGCCUGCAAAACUACAGUUUAGGGGUUACUGUCAAACUUUCUAACCCAGAUAGAACAUGAACAUGAUAAAUAUUGAUGUCAGUAAGCUUGAAUCAAUUUGUUUAAAAUCCUUAUUAAAAGAUAACUGAUACAGGAGUCUACUUAAGAUGUAUUUUUGCAUGACACCAUGACAACAGUACAGAUUUGUUUUUAUGGUUUAAAGAUUUUACGCUUAUGCACCACAUUAUCAAUAUACUUACUCAAUGCGUAAUUCUCUGAGAAAUUUAAGAGUUGCGGUAAUCAAAAAUCAUGUUAAUUCCUAAAUUUUUUUUUUUCCUCAGUUUAUUUUACAGUGUGCAAUCCCGCUGACCGUUGCAUUGUUUACCUAUCUGAUAUGUUUUCUGACCUUACUGGAGGUUGAGCAUACAGUAGUCACUGUUGUGGUAUAUAGUCAUCAUAUCAUUUGGUUGAGAGAUUGCAAAAUUGUCCAUAAACUGGUUAAAUGUGAA